UGUAAUUUAAUAACUCGUUUUGUUAUAUUCGGUGUUAUUAUCAAAUCUCAUUCUAUUUCGAGCUGGCUUCAAAUUAUAUCGCUCAACAAUUCAGACGUGACUCUCUAUUAUUAUGCGGCUGAGGAAGAGUUCUGCGAUAUCUAAGAAGUUCCGCUGUAGAAUCAAAAGUUCUGUUAUAGUCAAAGCUUCAUUUACAUGCUGAUUUACAACGUCGCAUUCGAGGCCAGCAGCUGAUGCAAUUCAAUACCAACAACAACAACAGCAAGAGUUGCGAUUGUGUGGCGUCUAUUAUGGAGCUAUAAAAACGACAGACAAAGUCACAAAUGGGCAACAGUCAGCGCAGUGCAACUUGCAAAUAUGUGGAAGCAGCAAAAUCUCAGCGUCCCUCUCGUCAUCUCCAUCUGCAUCCAUUGUCUGAUGCAAGUCUUUGCUGGCGCUUUGCCCAUGGAAGUGCCUCGCUAUAAUCAACUAGGACAUAAGCCACCGCAAGCAACCAACUCCAGUGCCCACAACAGCAGCCUGGUGCCAACAACAGAUCGCUUGGGUGGGAAGCGUCCAGAGCAGACAGUUACGACGGCCGCGCCACAGUUUGAAUAUGCAUUACUCGGCCAUGAUCCUGAGGAUCAGCGUUGGUAUCGCGUCAGUUUGACGCCCACCAACAACAACAACAACAACAAAUUCGGUUACCGCGCCCAGUUUGCAACAAGAAAAUCUCCGCCCUUCGAUGCACAGCUGGCGCAUAAACAUGAUAAGACCAUACAAGAGUUGCUCAACUUUUUAGAAAGAUCCGAGGAGCACAAUCUACUCAAGGUCUACGGCCAAUUGUUGGCUAGCGAAGAUCACGACGAAUCAAACAAUAAAUUGGAAGUCAAACAGCUAUUGAAAUCGAACGGCAAUCGACCACUGUUGCUGGUGGGCGAAUUGCCAGCAAAUACCACGCCCCCACACAAUAAGGGGCAAAAUGGCACUGAAGUCUCAAUGGUCAAGAAUUUUGUGUACUUUAUCAAGGGCUUAAAAUAAUUUUUUAACUUUCAUUAUCAUAUUUUGCAGAAUCCCACAACUCCAAAAUAUAAAAUCUAUCAUCAUUAUUUAUGCAACAAUUAUCUGUAAAAGAAUGAAAAAAUAUAUAUUUAUG